AUGUUUCCGAUGUAAAGCUAGAUCAAUAAAAUGAACUAUAAUAAGGAAGUAGGGAAGAUCUAGACUAGUCUAGAUAAAUAUUAGAAUUAGAUCUAGUUCUAUUUACUUUUUAUUUAAUUUUGUUAGCUUAAUUAAUUAAAAGCAUGGCGGCUAAUUCUUUAAAGGACGAAUUCCCCCUACAUUGGUUGGUGUGGCAUAACAAUUUUCGAGAGCUAGACGCAGCACUUGAAAAUAAAGAGCUGGACAUUGAAAUGUUAGAUCCUAGAGGACGUACACCUUUGCAUUUAGCAGUUUCAUUGGGUAACUUAGAGAGUGCUAGAGUUCUUCUUCGACAUGGAGCCAAUGCAAAUGCUGAAAACAAAGGUUACUGGUCAGUGUUACAUGAAGCUGUGUGCACUGGAGAUCCUGAGAUUGUUCAGCUAGUUCUGCAGCACAGAGAUUUCCAGAGGUAUUCCAAAAGAACAGUUGGAGUGCCAGACUUGUUGAAGAAGCUGCAAGAGACACCAGAUUUUUAUGUGGAGAUGAAAUGGGAGUUUACUAGUUGGGUUCCACUAAUUUCUCGGAUGUGUCCAAGUGACACAUACAAGGUUUGGAAGAAAGGUUCAAGUGUACGCAUAGACACAACAUUACUAGGUUUCGACAAUAUGACGUGGCAGCGUGGGAGUCGAAGCUACAUAUUUAAAGUGACCGGGGAGAAUGUGGCUGCCAUUAUGGAGAUAGAUCAUGACCUUAAUGAAGUGUAUCAGGAGACUAUUAGAGUUUUGCCUAUGGCUGCUGACCCUUCAGUCAUGAGACCGUCAGAGGAAGCAGUAGCAGCCAGGCUGACCUCUCCAGCCAACACCACUUAUGUGGAUACAAACAGAAUAUCCUUUGAGAGAAGUAAAUCUGGACUUUGGGGCUGGAGAACAGACAAAACUGAAAGUGUGAACAAUUAUGAAUGUAAAGUGUUUACAGCAAACAAUGUAGAGCUAGUCACUAAAACUCGGACAGAACAUCUGGCAGGUAAAGACAAACAGAAAGCCAAAAAGUCCAGCAGUAAAACACCACUGGAGUCUUUCCUUGGCACAGCAGAAGAAACUAUCAGUUCCACAUCCAGCAGUAGUAGCUUAGAAGGGAUUUCCACUGUCACUUCUUACAAUCCUGGGAAUAUCCUUCCAGAAGAAUACUUCAGCCGAUUAGUUGACCUUGGUGACAAGGACAUAGGCCGUCCAAAAGAGCAGUCCACCAAAAUUCAAAAGUUCAAGGCCAGUCUGUGGCUGUGUGAGGGCUAUCCCCUGUCUUUGCAGGAGCAGGUUAUCCCCAUUAUAGACCUGAUGGCUCAGAGCAAUGCCCACUUUGCCAAAUUGAGAGACUUUAUCACCCUGCAGCUACCCUCUGGAUUCCCAAUCAAAAUAGAAAUUCCACUUUUCCAUGUACUGAAUGCACAAAUUACUUUCGGCAAUAUCCAAGGAGUAGAGCAUGAUGCACGCUACGUGACUACAGUCAGAAACCAAGAGCAGAUUACUUGUGUUAUUGAUGAGGAUUGUUUCAAUCCUCCUGGUAACUAUGGCAGGAUAGGGGGUGAAGGUCAUCACGAAAGACUUAGAGAUGAAGAUGAUGAACUUUUACAGUUUGCAAUCCAGCAAAGCCUCAUUGAGUCUGGCACAGAGAAUGAUCAGGUGACAUUCUAUGAAGCGCUCAACAAAGGGAAAGAACUCCCAGGUCUAGAGGAUGAAGAUAAGAUGUUGCAGAGAGCCAUUGCUGCCAGUUUACAGCAAGGGGAAUCUACUGGGAACAGCCAACAACCUCCCUCUUUACAGCGACCACCAAUACCUCUUCCCUAUGAAACCAGAGAAGAAGAAGAUUUUCAGAUGGUGCUAGAACUCUCCAGGAGGGAACAAGAAGAGGAAGACAGGAGGAGGAAGCAAGAAGAGGAAGAGAUACAGAAAAUACUGGAGCUGUCACUGAUGGAUAAAUAGUUUGACAGGAGUGCCCUUAUUGUGCAUGUGUAUGGAGCUAUCACUUAGUUUGAAAGGAGUUCCCUUAUUGUGCAUGUGUGUGUAGGUGUCACUAAUGGAUAAAUAGCUUGACAGGAGUGCCCUUAUUGUGCAUAUGUGCAGAGCUGUCACUGAUGGCAGGACCCUUAUUGUACAUGUGUGUGGAGCUGUUACUGAGGAAUACCUAUUGAUGUGAGUGCCCUUUUUGUACAUGCAUAUGAAGCUGUCACUGAUGAGUAAAUAUUUGAUGGGAGUGCCCUUAUAUUGUAUGUGUGGAGCUGUCACUGAUGGAGAAAUAGUCUAACAGGAGUGUCCUUUUAUUCUAUGUGUGUAGAGCUGUCACUGAUGGAGAAAUGGUUUUAAUAGGAGUGUCCUUAUUGUGCAUGUGUGUAUGAACUACUAGAGCUGUGGCUGAUGAAGAAAUAAAUUAAUUAAUUACCUUUCCUUGGGCAUAUGUUUUGUAAUGUAAGUGUGACUUUCAAUAUAUAUAAACUAUGAAGUCCAUCCAAUUAAUAUUCAUUGUCAAAUGCUGUUUGUAUAACUGUAUAUAUAUAUAUAUAUAUUAUAUGUUGUCAAUCUAGUCCAUCCUUUUUUUGAAAGGCUUAGAUGCAGUUGAUAUUGUGUGUCAGUACAGAAGCAGCAUCUUUAGAAAUAGACUGUGUAACUGAAGCAAGCCUAGAAAACUGUGAUGCAUGUUUGGUAAGCUCGCACUAUUGCAAGGCUUUAAGUUGUGUUCUAAUUACUGGUGAACCCAGAGAAAAAAAGUUUUGUAUUUUAAUUUUUUUUUUAACUUGUGAUAUAACUUUCAACUGACCAUUCCAACAAUAGCAAGAUUAAGGUUGUAGAACUCAAUGUACUUUGUUUACAUGCUUGUUAAAAUAUUAAAGACCAUAAGUGAUUUAUGUACAACAGUAGAGGACAUUUUAAAACUAUAUUGUCUUAGUCUGUCUCAGUAAUAUCAAUUCAUUUGGUAUCAGGAGUAAUAUUUUAAAAUACUUAUCCUCUUCAACAUUUUGUUUUCCUUUAAAUUUUGUCACCUAUGUAACCCAAAGUACUAGUGUAACAACAGUUCAAUCUCACUUGGCCUCAAGAUUUUAAAAUCUAUUCAAAUGUAAACUUUUUAUGAAAAAAAAAUGUUUGCUGACACUGACAUUUGUUUCAUUUGCCUGCAUUCUAUGUUAAAAUAAAAAAGAUUUGAUUAUAAUUUGUAUCUUGAUGCUCAAAAUGAUGAAAAUGCACACACACACACACACACACAAAUUUAUUUGUAUAGUUGUCACACAUUUCCAUACGCUGAUAGGGCCAUCUUACAAAUAGCCAUGUUCUGCUGGAGACUGGUUUGGACAUUAUAAGAGCACUAUUUACCAUUUGACAGUUUAACAGUCGCAUGCCAAUAAUGAUCUCAUUUGGUGAGCUUAAAGGAAUGCCCCCAAUGAAUAUCACCUCUUGCCCUCACUGGCAUAGAGGAAAGUAGCUGGCCGCAGAUGACCUCUCACGAAUGCUGCUUAACAUGUUUGAGGUCCAGAGGAUAGCUGUUGUAGAAGACAGAUGCAGAAGACGUAAGGAAAACUUAGACUCUGGCGGACAACAGCUUUGUGU